AUGCAAUUAACCUCCGAAACAAAACCCUGUAAAAUGUAUCAGUAGCGUUGCUCAUGUUCUAGAGGCGCCACGCUUCCUCCGUUCCUACGCCUAGGGUUUAUAGAAUCGACCAUCUAAUUUACGAGCAAAGGAGUUUGAAGGAAAUGAGCUCGGCAAUACUCCGAUCUGCUUCGAUCGAUCUUGUGUUGCCCCACAAGAAUGAAACCCUAAGGUCGAAACCACAGCAAUGUAAUGGAUCUCUUCUUCGUGCGAGAGCAUCUGUUGCUUCGUCGCCGCAAAGCUUGCGGUCUAUGAAGGAGAUGAUCGAUGUUUCGGAGAAAUCGGUUCGAAUCGGGGUCCUGGGUGCUAGUGGUUAUACUGGGGCUGAGAUUGUUCGGCUUCUGGCAAACCAUCCACACUUUGGUAUCACAAUGAUGACUGCUGACAGAAAAGCUGGUCGAUCGAUUGGAUCGGUGUUUCCUCACUUAAUGGCACAAGAUUUGCCUGCAAUGGUUGCAAUCAAAGAUGCAGAUUUUUCUGAUGUUGAUGCUGUAUUCUGUUGCCUGCCACAUGGAACAACACAGGAGAUCAUUAAAAGCCUGCCUAAGCAGCUGAAGAUUGUUGAUCUCUCUGCAGAUUUUCGAUUGCGCAAUAUUGAUGAAUAUGAAGAGUGGUAUGGCCUACCACAUAAAGCACCAGAGUUACAGAAAGAGGCUGUAUAUGGUUUGACAGAAGUUUCAAGAGACCAAAUUCGAAAUGCACGACUUGUUGCAAAUCCUGGAUGUUAUCCUACGUCCAUUCAGCUUCCUCUUGUUCCACUUAUAAAGGCUGGCCUUAUAGAACUGAGAAACAUCAUUAUUGAUGCCAAAUCUGGGGUCAGUGGAGCAGGGCGCGGAGCUAAGGAGGCAAAUCUUUACACUGAAAUUUCAGAAGGUCUUCACUCUUAUGGGAUUACGAAGCAUCGCCAUGUUCCUGAGAUUGAACAAGGACUUUCUGAUGCGUCACAUUCUAAGGUGACUGUGAGCUUCACCCCACAUCUAAUGCCUAUGAGCCGUGGAAUGCAAUCGACGAUAUAUGUGGAGAUGGCACCUGGAGUGACUAUUGAUGAUUUAUACCAGAAACUAUUGUCUACUUAUGAGGAUGAAGAAUUUGUCAGGUUAUUGGAAAAAGGAGCGAUCCCUCACACACGCCAUGUUCGGGGUUCGAAUUACUGCUUCAUGAAUGUCUUCCAAGAUCGGAUUCCAGGCAGAGCGAUUAUUAUCUCCGUUAUUGAUAACUUAGUUAAAGGAGCUUCGGGGCAAGCACUACAAAAUCUCAAUCUGAUGCUGGGAUUUCCGGAGAACAUUGGCCUUAACUACCAGCCAUUGUUUCCGUAAAAUAUUUCCUUUUUCGCAAAGGGGUCGCGAAUGAGCUCCUGAUUGUUUACUUUGUUUCCACCUGAUGCUUAAAAAGCUAAAUCAUGCGGCAGGCAGGUGAUGAAGAGAUUGCAGUGGUGUUAUUUUGUAUAAUUAUUUAUCCGUAGUGAUAACAUUAUACAAAUAAGAUAACUUAAAUCGUUUACUUCUGUUAGUUUCAAUAAUCGUAGCAUUUGUUUACUAUUUGGAAUAAUGUAAUUUUAAGGUCGGAAAUGCUUGUAUUUGUCAUGAUAAGAUGAUAAAUGUGAUGAUUGUUCUUUCAAAAUAAAAAUCUGAUAAAAGUACUUUUUACUGGA